AUGACCGCUUCCUGGCUUGCGUCCGGACACAACCAUACUUACGCGUCCUUUUCCGCCACAUCAACGAUUCAGUCUAUAAGAAUUUUCGAAUCUGUCCGAUUCUUGCAACGACAAUCUGCUAUCUGUAUUGUUGACAUUAAGAAACCUGACAAUAUCAGGGAUGGCUGUGGAGUGAUCAGAUGGAUGAUAAGAUCAUUGGUGGAAAUUUUCCCAUAG